CCGAUGUCAGGAUGGUGUUAACCGGAGACGUUCGGCGAGAGCCUCGAGGACCGCCUAUAAAGAUACUGAUCUUGUAUGCCCCUGGGGCCCUGGGAAUCAUUAAAGCUCAAUACAGUCCUCGGACCGCCUUUUAGCCAGCUCGAUUAGCCAAACUUCCCAACCGAACCCCAUCAUGUCCUCAACAACCCUCCCAGCAACCAUGAAGGCCCUGAUGGUCGACUCCCCGAGCCAGCCAUUACAACUCAAGACUGUCCCUACCCCCUCGGCAACCCCCGGAAGCUGCAUCGUCAAGAUCCUCGCCGUCGAAGCCGACGCCAACACCCCACACAUCCUCAAGGGCGUCCCCGGCUACACCUUCCCAGCCAACUUCGUCCCCGCUGCGCACGCCAUCGGCCGCGUCGUCACCACCGGUCCGGACGCGACCGUCCUCCGGCCGGGCCAGCUCGUCAUGCUCGAGGGCUUCAUCCGGCCGCGCGACGACCCCAACGAGGAGCAGAUUCUCUGGGGCCUCACAGCCGGCCUGACGCCGCAGAGCCUGCGCUUCAUGGCCGACAACUGGGCGUGGGGCUGCAUGGCCGAGUAUGCGCGCGCGCCGCUCGAGAACGUGUACCCGCUCGACGAGGCGCGGCUGUGCGGCUCGCCAGCCGAGGGCGGGCUGGGGUAUGCCGUCGAGAAUCUCCUGCAUUUGCCGACGCUGCUUGUCGCGAUGGGCGGGCUCCGCGCCAUCGACGUCAAGCCCGGUGAGCGCGUCAUUGUUGCGCCCGCCACGGGCGGGUUCAGCGGCGCGGCGGUGCAGGUCGCUCUUGCGAUCGGUGCGCAGGUCGUUGCCGUUGGGCGCAGCCGGGAGUCGCUGCUGAAGCUGCAGGGCCUGUUCCCGCCGGGUCGGGUGCAGAUUGUACAAGUCACAGGAGAUGUUGAGAAGGACACGGUAUCGCUCAAGCAGUUUGGGCCGGUGGACGCCUAUGUCGAUCUCUCGCCGCCCGAGGCAAGCAACUCGACGCAUUUGAGGAGCUGCUUCGCUGCGCUGAGGAAGUAUGGUCGCGCGUGUGUGAUGAACAUCAUCGGGCAGGACGUUGCAGUUCAGUACCCGCUGCUGACGUGGAAUUCCCUGACUGUGAGGGGCCAGUUCAUGUACGAGCGCGAGGACGCGAGGUUGAUGAUUAAGAUGGCCGAGGCCGGCGUGUUGAGGCUUGGGGAGGACGGCGGAAAUGAGGUUGUGGGAAGGUUCAAACUCGAGGACGUGAAUGAGGCAUUUGCCCUGGCCGCGAAGAAUCACGGAGUGGGCAAGCUCGUUGCCUUGGUGCCGUAGUUGCAGGUUGACGCAGUACUAUCGCCGUGUGGGAGUUGGGGAGCAGUCUCCUACCACCUUGAGAGCAACGCACGCCUGCCAUCUCGACACC